AUGGCCCCGUACCCCGCCACAGCCCAGCCCCCGGGAACCCGGCACCCAGACACGGCCCCGUACCCCGCCACAGCCCAGCCCCCGGGAACCCGGCACCCAGACACGGCCCCGUACCCCGCCACAUCCCAGCCCCCGGGAACCUGGCACCCAGACACGGCCCCGUACCCCGCCACAGCCCAGCCCCCGGGAACCCGGCACCCAGACACGGCCCCGUACCCCGCCACAUCCCAGCCCCCGGGAACCCGGCACCCAGACACGGCCCCGUACCCCGCCACAUCCCAGCCCCCGGGAACCCGGCACCCAGACACGGCCCCGUACCCCGCCACAGCCCAGCCCCCGGGAACCCGGCACCCAGACACGGCCCCGUACCCCGCCACAUCCCAGCCCCCGGGAACCCGGCACCCAGACGCGGCCCCGUACCCCGCCACAUCCCAGCCCCCGGGAACCCGGCACCCAGACACGGCCCCGUACCCCGCCACAUCCCAGCCCCCGGGAACCCGGCACCCAGACACGGCCCCGUACCCCGCCACAGCCCAGCCCCCGGGAACCCGGCACCCAGACACGGCCCCCCCCAGGUGCCCUGUCCUGACCCCCGUCUCCCCAUCUGCUGCAGACCCCAAGCCCCAGGACAAGCCGGAUGAGACCCCAAGCCUGUUCCUGCAGAAGCCAGGCCCUAUCCUUGUGGAGUGCGGGAAGGAGGUGGCCUUGGAGGUGCAGGUGGACGGAUCCCAGCUCUCCGCCAAGCCGAGCAUCAAGUGGUUCAAGGGGAAGUGGCUGGAACUCGGCAUCAAGAGCGGCCUCCGGUUCCAGUUCAAGGAGACCUUCGACAAGGAGAAGAAGGUGUACACCUUCGAGCUGCGCAUCGGGAAGGUGGUGAUCGGGGACCGGGGCGACUAUCGCUGCGAGGUGACGAGCAAGGAAAAGAGCGACACGUGCACCUUCAACAUCGACGUGGAGGCCCCACGGACGGAGGAGAGUGGCAAUGUGCUCCAGGCCUUCAAACGGACUGGGGAGGGGAAGGACAAGGUGGCCGGGGAGCUGGACUUCAGUGGGUUGCUAAAGAAGAGGGAGGUGCAGGUGGAGGAGAAGAAGAAGAAGAAGAAGGAUGAUGAGGAGGAUGCCUUCCCCCCCGAGAUCUGGGAGCUGCUCAAGGGGGUGACGAAGAAGAGCGAAUACGAGCGAAUCGCCUUCCAGUACGGGAUCACGGACCUGCGGGGCAUGCUGAAACGGCUCAAGAAGGCCAAGGUGGAGGUCAAGAAGAGCGCAGCCUUCACGCGGAAGCUGGACCCCGCGUACCAGGUGGACAAGGGCAACAGGAUCAAGCUGGUGGUGGAGAUCAGCGACCCCGACCUGCCCAUCAAGUGGUACAAGAACGGGCAGGAGAUCAAACCCAGCGCCAAGUACGUCUUUGAGAACGUGGGCAAGAAGCGAAUCCUGACCAUUAACAAGUGCACCCUGGCCGACGACGCGGCCUACGAGUGCGCCGUGGCGGACGAGAAAUUGUUCACCGAGCUCUUCGUGAAGGAGCCGCCCGUGGUGAUCACCAAGGGCCUGGACGACCAUCAGGUGUUCGUGGGCGACCGGGUGGAGCUGGAGGUCGAGGUGUCCGAGGACGGAGCCCAAGUCAUGUGGAUGAAGGACGGGGUGGAGCUGACCCGCGACACGGCCUUCAAGUACCGCUUCAAGAAAGACGGCAAAAAGCAUUAUCUGAUCAUCAACGAGGCCACCCUGGAGGACAGCGGCCAGUACAAGGUCAUGACCAACGGGGGCCAGUCCGAGGCCGAGCUGGUGGUUGAAGAAAAGCAGCUGGAGGUGCUCCAGGACAUUGCGGAUCUCACCGUCAAGGCGGCCGAACAAGCCGAGUUCAAGUGCGAGGUGUCGGACGAGAAGGUGACGGGCAAAUGGUACAAGAACGGCGUGGAGGUCCGGCCCAGCAAGCGCAUCCACAUCACCCACAAGGGCAGGUGGGCACAGUUGUGGGGACGCACGCAGCGCUGGGGGGUGGGGAACAGGGGCACUACUGCGGGGAAGCUCGCAGUGCUGGAGG